AUGUUUAGCCAAGCUCGCCCAAACGCCAGCUUCUCGACGCAAGUCAAGCCGUCGUCAUCCGCCGCUGCAUCGACGCUGCAGCCGAUGAACUCUUCGACACUCAAAGCCCAGGGAAGCGCUUUCCCCGCCCGAUCCGGAACGAACCCCACAAGCACGCCAGCGUCGUCCCUCAUGCCCGCAGCCUCAAAUCUCGACGGAGAUGGUGCGCCGGCGCUGUUGAGCGUGUCGAUCCACUCCAAGCCAGAGGCGCAGGGCCACCAGAAGCAGCUCUUUCUCUGGUCGGGCGUGGAUGUGACGCUCGGUCAGAUGCGCGGGCGGUUGCGACUCGAGGCGCUGGAGCAAGAGCGAUCGAGUGUCAUGCUGGAAACGAUGCGUGAAGAGCGAGAAACGCUGCUGUCCACAUUGACUGCGAAAGUGGAAAAACUCAAGCGAAAGCGUCAAGAGGCAAUCCAGCGAGAACAAACGCUUCGCGACGCUAACGACCGACUGCGCUCUCAGGCCAAUGCCAAGCAGAGCGCCAACGACGCCACUGUCAAGCAGCUUCAAGCGUCCCUUCACGCGUUCAAGACAGAGUGUGCAUCGGCCAAUAUCCAGAUGCUCACGAAAGCGCACGAGAUUGACAGCCUGAUGAUCGAGCUGGACAACCUGAGGGAACAGCAAGCACGCGAGUCGCAGGCAUCUUCAAACGAAAUUCUGGCUCUGCGUGAAAAACUGGAGGAUGCCACCCAAACCGUCAAGCAGCAAGCAGUGCAACUCAAGCAAGCGCUGGCCGACACAGAGCAAAUGCGACACGAGCUGGCGGCGACCAACACGUCGCAUGCAACAUAUAGAACAGCCAUCGCUUCACUGACGGAGGAAUUGCGCGUGUGCAAAGCGAUUGAGAGCCACCUUCAGGAACAGACGCACAAAGCCACCAACCAACCAGGGCGUCCUCCUGGAUCGGCAUUCGCCAGACCUGUGCCACGCCGUCCUCACGAAGUAGAGGCUACAUUGUCCACUACCAGCAGCGCUGAAGUGGAACAGCGACUGCGUCAAGAUCUGGCGAGACUGCGCCAAAAACUUGAGGAGCAAGCCAAGGCACUGACUACAGCGCUGGCGCUUCACGCACAGCAUACGACCGAUUGCAUCGAGCACGUCUCUGAGAUUGUCCUGCUCCGCGCCAAGCUGGACAAUUGCCUCGCGGAUCAAGCCAGCACCCGCGCCGAACUCGCAGCAUGCCAGGCGCAGCUCUGCGUGUCUGAUGCUACUCUCGCGCCGGAGCCAGAGCCAGAGCCAGAGGCAGCAGUUUGA